GUAAAUAUCAACGAAUCUGGAAAACUCACCGAACCAAAAACCCUAAGCAGAGAUCGAAGCUAAGAAGAACACACAGAAGAGAAGCGUUUUGUUUCCUCCUCUCCCACUCUCCGUUCCAUCACUCAUGGCUACCAUACCAGUAAACCCGAAGCCGUUCUUGAACAAUUUGACCGGAAAGACGGUUAUUGUUAAGCUCAAAUGGGGAAUGGAAUACAAAGGUUUCCUCGCCUCUGUUGACUCCUACAUGAACUUGCAGCUUGGGAACACUGAAGAAUACAUUGAUGGACAGUUGACAGGGAACCUUGGAGAGAUCUUGAUCAGAUGCAACAACGUUUUGUAUGUCCGAGGUGUGCCAGAAGAUGAAGAACUCGGAGACGCUGAACAAGACUAGCCUGUGCCGGUUGGAUGGACUUUUGUAUUCUAUGAGCAUCUUAACUCAACUUGUGAGAUUUCAGCUUUUUUUGGCUGUUGUUGAAUCUUUUGAUACCCUUGAAACUAAAGAAAUCCCCACAAGCCGUUUAGAUUUGUUAUAAACCAAA